AUGUUCUGUGAUAUUAUACCCAUCACGAUAAUAACAUCGGUUUACAAACUGUUCGGUCAAAAGUAUAUCGAUGACGACAACUAUUUAUCUGCUGUGGCUACAGUGUCUUCACUAUUCAAUGCUGGUGGCCGUGUCAUUUGGGGCGCAAUUGUUGAUCGAUUAUCUUUCAAGAUAUCAAUGGCAAUCAUGUUCACAGUUUGGCAAUAG